AUGGUCAUUGCAAUUAUUUUAGCAGGAGUAGCAAAAUAAAGACCACUUAAUACCAAUGUCUACUUGGUAUAUGGUGGCACUCUAGGAUGGCAGCUUUUAGUUAUAUUGCUUACAUACAGAUUUCCUACUAUUUUUACAAUGGUACAUGCUCCUUUGAUUUCUAUUGGCUAUUGGUUUAAUUGCUUAAUUUAGUUUCUUUCACCUGUUAGUUAUGUAGCAGUAAUGUAAACUACUCUAGGAUUAGAGUUUUUCUUGAUCUGUGGUUUGGUAUUAAACUUUUGCUGGUAUAUUACUUCUAUAGUAUUGAUAUUGAAUUUGGCACUUGGCAUCGUCAUGCUCUUUGCUAAAUUUUAGAUUGAAGAUGUAGGAGUAGUUGCUUAGUAUGUAAUGACUACUUUAUUUAUAAUCUAUGCAAUGUAUUUAAAUGAAUCUAGCAACAAGAAUGAAUUUAUAAGACUAAUCUAGAAUGAGAAAAUGAAUAAAGAAUUAUAAAGCCUCCUAAUGAAUCUUCCAAAUCCUAUGCUUUUAUUUGACUAAGAGAAUAAUCAAGUAGUAUUAGGUAAUAUAGAGUUAAACAAGCUUCUAUCAAUCAAUGAUGAGUAAGACAAAUAGUUAAUAAACUUGAGAAUGACUUCCUAGAUUUUCCAGCCAUAUAACAAUUACAUUGAAGGUCUAGGAGAUAGUGACAGACCAUCUGAUUAGUGCUUGAAUAUCGAAUGA